CAAAGCUCAGGCCCAGGCUCUUCGACGUCGGAGCCCACGACGACGGUCAAUAGGGGUGCGCGCGCAUCUACCUCGUCUUCAUCGGAAAGCAGUGAUAAGACUGGAGAAUCAUCGGACUACACAGAGGCCAGCACCGUUCGAUGGAGCAUUGCUUCCUCAAGCGGCUCCACCGGAGUUGUAGAAGUGGCUGCGCAACCGCAGGUUGCGGUGCCUUGUCCCGAAGGAGGUGCAAGUGAUGAAAACAAAACAGGAGGACACGGAGCAAUUAUAAACUUGACGACAUCUUCAGGAGCGGAUGGAGCUGGAGCUGGUACGACGAACAUCAAAGAUUCAUCUUCUGUAACAACUUCAAAACCGGUUAGAACAACUGUUGCAUCUACUUCUUCAUCCUCAACAUCCGCGACCCAGCGAAGCUCAGCAUCUUCGCGUUCUCGACUAUCAUCCACGUAUUUCACUGAAGCGCCCAAGGAGAGGCUGAAGCUGAUUGACUUCGGUUUCAGUAAGCGCCUGACACCGACUGGAGACGAGGUUCUGCGUUUACCCUGCGGGACACUGCACUACGCGUCCCCUGACGUGUUGAAAAAGAAGUACAAUCGCAAGUGUGACACGUGGUCAAUGGGUGUGAUCGCUUUCAUGCUGCUCACUGGCGCGCCACCAUUCACCGGAAGCACUAAUCAGUCCGUCAUAGAAAAGAUCCGGUCCGGUCGCAUACGAUUCAACAGUCGGUGGGCCCCGCUUUCCCCAGCUGCAAAGGUUAUGUUGUCAACAAGUAAGUUGUAAACGAGUGCACCAGCUGCCUCCGCCUUUCUUAACUACAAUAUGCUAACAAACUACUACUUCUGCAACAGAUCGCUGCAGCUGUUCCCUAGUACCCUGCUUCUUUAAUGAAUCAUCUUCUUCUAAUCUCAACUUCGUCGUAAGGCUUUUGGAGGUUGACUCUGAGAGACGCCUUAGCGGCGAGGAAGCGCUUCAGCACGAAUUUUUGCGGCGCAGCUUCCAUCGUCAGUCCGUUGACGCUCUGCGGGACCGUUUCCCGGGUCUCUUGU